GCCCCCAAAUAAACCCUCCAACGUUUGCUCGAUUGAACACCCAGCACCCAGCAAUGACUAUCCCGAGAGAUAUAGUAUCCCCACCCAAAACUGCGGUACCCAGUAGUCCCUCGCCGAGUUCCUUCUUUAAUGCUGGGACAAGUCCCUCUUAUGGAACCAGCUAUUUCCCACCCGCUCCCGAAAAGCAGCUCAAACCUUUCAAUACUGGCGACAUCAAGAUACUUUUAUUAGAAGACAUCAAUCGCACUGCACGUGAAUUACUACAGAAGGAAGGAUAUCAGGUGGAAUUUCAUACCUCCUCUCUCCAAGAUAUCGACUUGAUUGAAAAGAUUCGGUAGGCAUCCACGCUCCCCUACAUUACUGCUGGACGCUGCCCUUCUCAUUAACCUGGAUUUGCUAAAUGUGCCAUCAAUAUUUCCUAAACAGCGAUGUCCACGUUAUUGGAAUCCGCUCCAAAACCAAACUCACUGCUUCAGUGCUCGAUCACGCGGAAAACCUUUUGGCAAUUGGAUGCUUUUGCAUUGGGACAGACCAGGUUGACCUAGAAUAUGCAGCCAAGCGUGGCGUUACCGUCUUCAAUAGCCCUUUCAGCAAUUCUCGUUCGGUCGCUGAGCUAGUGAUUGCCGAGGUUAUCAUGCUGGCUCGCAGAAUUGGCGAUAAAUCUAUGGAAAUGCACUCUGGCACUUGGCAGAAGGGUUCCGCUCGUUGUCGCGAGAUUCGUGGAAAAGUUUUAGGAAUCAUUGGCUAUGGUCACAUCGGAUCUCAAUUAUCCGUUUUGGCUGAGUCGGUGGGGAUGAGUGUCCUCUUCUAUGAUGUUGUUCCUUUGAUGGCAAUUGGCAAGGCAAGGCAAGUCAAAAGUUUGUCCGAACUGCUGGUCUCGUCAGAUUUUGUCACCCUCCAUGUCCCUGAAACACACGAGACUCGCGAUCUUAUCGGCCGCACGGAGUUAAUGGCGAUGAAAGAAGGAAGUUAUCUGAUCAAUGCUUCCCGUGGACGUGUAGUUGAUCUCCAGGCUUUAUGGUACGAGCCUCCUCUUAUUAUAGACCAACCCGUCCUAUCCGACGUGUUAAUUGCUAAUCUGUGUUUGGAAAAUAUAUAUAUGUGUAGCGAAGCCAUGCGUUCCGGCCACUUGGCUGGUGCUGCUCUUGACGUAUUCCCUCGCGAACCCUCUGCCGAUGGCCCCUACUUUAAUAAGGACCUUGCUCGUUGGGCGACGGAAAUUAGAAAUCUCCCCAACAUUAUCCUUACACCUCAUAUUGGUGGAUCGACGGAGGAAGCUCAGGAAGCUAUCGGCGCUGAGGUUGGUGAAGCACUACUCGGAUAUAUUAAUUUCGGCUGCACUAUUGGGGCCGCCAAUAUGCCUGAAGUGGCUCUCAGGAGCAUAACUGUGGCCGAAGAGAGUCACCUCCGCGUUAUAUUCAUCCACCAGAACCGCCCAGGUGUCCUGAGGCAGGUCAACGAUAUUCUCGGAGAUCAUAACGUAGAUAAGCAAAUGUCUGAUAGUCGUGGUGAUGUGAGUAUACGUGCUCAGGAGCCCCUCUUGGCCAGAUUGGCAUGCAGUCGCUAACGAGUAAUAUGUUUGGGCCCAAUAGAUCGCGUAUAUGAUGGCCGAUAUUAGCAAAGUCGAUUCCGCAGAGGCGCAAGCAUUGUACACCAAACUGGAGGUCCUAAGUUGUGAGAUUCCGAAAUUUUUGCCACCGCUCAGGCUAUCCCCAAGGUCAACGCGCUAACCCGUAUGGUGAUUGCAGCUAAAAUCAUGACCAGAAUGCUGUACUAAGAGGCCUCUGAGAGCAGUCGGACCUGGGGAGAC